AUGGCUGAACAAAAGCUGGGGGAUUGGGGCGGUGGCGUGGUGGAUGACAUGACAGGCAAGGUGGGCUCUUUGCACAGUGCAGGCGCUAAUUACUUUUUCCGAAGGCUGCAGGGCUUCACUCCGGCUGGCGUCGCCGCCUCGCGAGUCCCUGCUCUGCCACUACGGUCUUGGGGGCUGUUGGUCCCGAGUACCAUGUGCGACGGCGCCCUGCUGCCCCCUCUCGUCCUGUCCUUGCUGCUGCUGGUGUGGGGACUGGACCCGGGCACAGCUGUCGGCGACGCGGCGGCCGACGUGGAGGUGGUGCUCCCGAGGCGACUGCACCCCGACGACGUGCACCUGCAGCUGCUGCCGGGAGUAGCGGGGCUGCGGCGGUGGCGGCGACCGCGAGCAUCUCCAAGUGGCCCUCGUGCAGGGACCGGAGAGCGCGCCCUGCUGCUGCACCUGCCGGCCUUUGGGCGCGACCUGUACUUGCAGCUGCGCCGAGACCUGCGCUUCCUGUCUCCGGGCUUCGAGGUGGAGGAGGCGGGUGCUGCGGGGAGCAGCGAACACCCUGCCGAGCUGUGCUUCUACUCAGGACGAGUCCUGGGCCACCGGGGCUCCCUCGUCUCCCUCAGCGCCUGCGGCGCCUCCGGCGGCCUGGUUGGCCUCAUCCAGCUCAAGCAGGAGCAGGUGUUCAUCCAGCCCCUCAACAACUCAGGAGGCCCAUUCAGUGGAAGAGAGCAUCUGAUCAGGCGCAAAUGGUCUUCCGCCCCCCAGUCCGUCUGCUGA